AUGGAUCAAAUUCGCAACCGACUCGACCACUACCAGCCUGAUGAUAAAAUCAAAGCAUUUUGCAGGAAGUAUAUAUUUUUUGUAACUUUUUACACUUUUUUUGUUUUAAUCCUGCUCAUCUACACCUUCUUCUCGACCAACCUCUCUAUCUAUGGGUGGCUUCUUUUCACAAACUUCUAUUUCUGCGUCUUCCCCAUUUUUUCCUUCAUCGGCAAAUCUUAUAUCCCUUCCUUGCUGAGGUUCUACAAUUGGAUGCUUUUGGUUUCCAGCAUAAUUUCCAUUUAUAUUAUUAUCGAGGGCAUCUUCACCUAUAGCGCGAAGGAUCUCUCACUGAUGAUGUCCUAUGGCAUCCUGACAUGGAUCAACACGGUGUUCUGUUGGAAGGCAACCCAGAGCAUUUUUGAUGGAGUGAAGACUCAUGAUAGUCUCCUGGAUAAUCUAAACCCAAAAUCAAAUGGCAAAAAGGGAAACAACAACAACAAAAAAUGGGGACUGAAGAAAAAGUUUUUUGGCAAAGGAAAAACGACGAAGGAUUCUCAUUACGUGGAGGUCUGA